AUGUCCCUAGUACCUACCUUGACCACCAUCCCGGAACCCUUCCCUCUGACAUGCAUUGCCUCAGUGAAUGAGGCACGCGCCAUGCGUAUCGCCGAGAUUCUUUCUGAUUUCAGACACCUCCAACAUUACAUCGCAAACAUAAGAGCGAAUCCGUCAGCCGAAGACUACUACGAGGAGGGCUAUUGCGUACUUCGCCAAUGUGCUGGAGACGCCCAGGCUCUGCUCGCUCAACCAUUCGAUUGCCAAGGACCCGAACCAGAUGGUGAUUGUGAAGAAGAGAAGACGCAACUUCAACGGUGUGUUCCUUGUCACUCUGGAACAGGUGUGGCUUCGAUCCUGACAUCAAACAUANGAAUCAUGCUCGAUGCAAGCAUUCGACGCUUCAAAAUCCAGCAGAUAUACCUCAAAGCAGGAGCAGCUCUACGCUGGGUCAACUCGAGAAAUGCCAUCCUUGGAGCAAAUCGGCCUCAAACCAUCCACGCGCCAGCACUGCAACAGAUAACCAGCACAAUGCGAGCAGAACUUGCAUCGGUGACACCAGCUCGGGUAGAGCUAGCUCUACGAUCUCAGGACAGCGUUCAGGGGAAAUGGCUUGCGGAGGACCCGACGUGGAGCACCAUGGAAGAGAGCAUUCGGACCGGCCGAUGA